CAGAGCAGCUGCACACACGGCAGUGCGGAGGCAGAGAAGGGGUUGGUGAUACCGUGCUAUAAAUCUGUGGUCCAGUCCACCUCCCUUUUAAGACGUCCUCCCUCCUUAUUUCUGUUCUCAGUUAGAGAUGCAGCAGCUUACUCCUGUAGCGACCUACUAAAAAGCAACAAGGAGAAAGACAUCGUCUUUUUGAAAAAACGUUCUUUCGUCUCUUUCUUUGUUCCUUCGUUUGUUUUUCUUGCCCCUUUUUGUUUAGUUGAAAGGCAAUAGGAGGGUAGUCUGUCCGUCUUUUUAAACUCUCUUUUUUAAGUUUCCCCUCCCCUUUCAUAUUUUUUUUUUCGCCAUUUCUUUUAGCGUUGGACUUUGGGGUCGAAAGCAUUUCUUUUUAUUUGCUUCUUUUAAGCCGAGCACAGUUUAGGUUUCGUGCUGUCUUAAGAGAACUAUCCAGCAGCUUCUUGCUCAUCCUUAUUGGGAGAACUGCACCGUUACUUUAAAAACACACAUACACAAAAACCUUAAGGGAGAAAGACGGCAACUCCAAACUAACAUGGCAGUCAGACUGUGUGAUGUGGCUUCUCUGCUUAGAAGUGGUUCGUGGGCAGCAGAGCCUUGGACCGGGCAGGUAAUUGCUGCCAUGGAAACACAACUGUCUAAUGGGCCAACUUGCAAUAACACAGCCAACGGUCCAACCACCAUAAACAACAACUGCUCGUCACCAGUUGACUCCGGGAACACAGAGGACAGCAAGACCAACUUAAUAGUCAACUAUCUCCCUCAGAACAUGACACAGGAGGAACUGAAGAGUCUAUUUGGGAGCAUCGGUGAGAUAGAGUCCUGUAAGCUUGUAAGAGACAAAAUAACAGGGCAGAGCUUGGGAUAUGGCUUUGUGAACUACAUUGACCCUAAGGAUGCAGAGAAAGCUAUCAACACCCUGAAUGGAUUGAGACUUCAAACCAAAACAAUAAAAGUUUCCUAUGCGCGCCCGAGUUCAGCUUCCAUCAGAGAUGCUAAUUUAUACGUCAGUGGACUUCCAAAAACAAUGACCCAGAAGGAGUUGGAGCAACUUUUUUCACAAUAUGGACGCAUUAUUACUUCUCGUAUUCUUGUUGACCAGGUCACUGGCAUAUCAAGGGGUGUAGGGUUUAUUCGAUUUGACAAGCGGAUUGAGGCAGAAGAAGCUAUCAAAGGCCUAAAUGGCCAGAAACCUCCCGGUGCCACAGAGCCAAUCACUGUAAAGUUUGCUAAUAACCCAAGCCAAAAGACCAAUCAGGCCAUCCUUUCCCAGCUGUACCAGUCUCCAAACAGAAGGUAUCCAGGACCACUAGCUCAGCAGGCACAGCGCUUUAGGUUGGACAAUCUGCUCAAUAUGGCUUAUGGAGUAAAGAGUAGGUUUUCUCCAAUGACCAUUGAUGGAAUGACCAGUUUGGCUGGAAUUAAUAUCCCUGGGCACCCAGGAACAGGGUGGUGUAUUUUUGUGUACAACCUGGCUCCUGAUGCAGAUGAGAGUAUCCUGUGGCAAAUGUUUGGGCCUUUUGGAGCUGUCACCAACGUGAAGGUCAUCCGUGACUUUAACACCAAUAAAUGCAAAGGUUUUGGAUUUGUGACUAUGACAAACUAUGAUGAGGCUGCCAUGGCGAUAGCUAGCCUCAAUGGAUACCGUCUGGGAGACAGAGUACUGCAGGUCUCCUUUAAGACAAACAAAACGCACAAAGCCUAAUGAGCUCUUGUCCUCAGUCCAUUUAUAUAUGAAAACUAUACAACAAAGGCAAGUUAAGAGAAACUUUAUACAUUAGUAAAUGUCUUUGUAAGUCAGUGUUGAGAUGGGGAUAAAACGACUACUUAGCAUCCUAAGAAAUAUGUGAGAUUUUUUAUUGCUAGUAUUUGAAUUAAAACUUCUUAAAAUAUCUUUUAUGUUUGAAUAUGGACAAGAGGUACAGGGUUUUUACCUGUCACAUUGCAUUUUAUUGCCUUCUUUGAAGAAGGUGGACCUUUUAAAGUGUUUCAGCUAAGGGAAGACAUUUCUUUUCUUUUUACAUAACUGCCUUGAACCUGUGAGUAAAUAUUGAGGCUUUGUGUUGUAAUUCUUCAGUUGGUUGUGUCCUUCCCCCCCCCACUUUUUUUCUUUUUCUGAUUAGCUUUGUGUUUGGUUUACAUUUAAAGCAUUGCUGUUAUGUCUAAGAAAAGUAUUUUGAAGUUUACAUUUUUAUUUAUGAAGUUAAAAACAGUAUUUAUUUUGUAAUUAUGAUUUGGGUUGGGGAAGGGGGGGCUACAUUAUAAACGCUUAUUGUAAGAAUACUGGAGAACUUUUCGUAAAGCAGUACCUUGCCAAAGAGAUAAGAGCCUCUUUGAUGUGGGUUUAAAAAAAGCAUCUAUUUUUAUAAAAAAGAAAAUUUGGAGAAACUUUUUACUGGUCCUGGAACAAAUAUUUUGACUUGAAUACUUUGAGAAAUCUCUUCAUAUGACACCUAGUGAGCUUUUAAAAUUUACCAGGAAAUUUGCAGUGGUUGGAAAAUUUAGAAAGAUUUAUGAUGUAGAAAAUACUUUUGAGAUCUUUGUAUGAAAGGAGUAGAAUCAAUGGGGAAACACUGCUGGUUUCGUUUUUGUAAUCACCAGUGUAGCGUCUGAUCAUCCUGGUUAUUACCUGAUAGGUGGCUCACAUUGAUUUGUGAUUUUGAAACAAAUAAAAAAAAUUUACAAAAGAAUAUAUAAGAGCAGGCAAGAAAUUUAAAUUACCAAGAGAUGGGGGGAAAAAAAAAUCUGUUCUUCCUAAAGAAAUCCCUUCAGAUAGAGCUCAUGGUGUUUAGUGAUGUACUUGCAGUAUUGUUUGAAGAAUUGUUUUGUCUUAAGGAAAAAAAGAUGUUGCACAUGAUUUGUACUGCAGCAAAUCGGCAAAAGUGAUCUGAGUUGGAUAUAUUUGAAGGUAUUUUGAAAGUUACGUUCAAGGCUAACACCUGAGCUUUGUGUAAUGUAAAUAAGACCUUGUGUUUAUGAACCUUUCAGCUAAUUUGAUUUUUUUUUUCCCUUACAUGCCAAGUGAUGUUCAGGUUUUAAAUGUUUUUGUAUCGGUUUUUUCCUUUGUAAAUGGCAUUAACAUUGUCACUUGAGGUCUUGCUUCGUCACUUUCGUUGUCCUGAGGACUUGACCUUACAGUGCAUCAGAUUUGUUGCUGAUUUUGUCUGUAGAUAGUCUAACUUCUGCUGUUUAUGGUGAUGCUACAUUUUCGUUUAUAAAUAUGUUUGUGGUAAAAAAAAAAAUGAGUAUAACCAUAGGUUUUGAACAAAUUUCCUUACAUUUUUCAUACAAAAAUCAUAAAUAUCUGUAUGCUAUUGAAAUUUAACUUUGUAUGAUGCUUAAACCACUAUUUGGGGAAAUAAUAAAAUAAGUCUUUACCAUGUAUGAAAGAAAUUUUAAAAAAUACAAAAUAUUUUCUGAUUAGCAUCUAGCUUAUAAUAAAUUUUCAAAAAAGCUGAAGGUAAAAAUGCCUUCAUCAGGAUGCACUGAGAACUAUAUAGUUACGUCCUGCUUUUUGUAUAAACUGAGAUGCUCACAUGCUUCCCCUUAGAACAGGCAAUGUGCUAUGCAUAACAUAGUUGUACAUUAUCUUUGCGGUUGCGUUGUUUUAUUUUUUAUUAUUUAAAAUUGUAGUUAUAAAAUUUUUCAGUAUAGUACAGUACAUAUACUGUGAGGCGCGUGCUAAAGUGAAUAAGCGAGUUUUCAUGCUGACCCACUCAAUGCUAUUCAGAAAUCAAUUGGCUUAGCACUUUCUCAUAUCCUUAGGUGCAUUUAGACUGUCAGAGUUAACCUGCG